AUUUGUUUGUCAAAUGAUGAUGGUUUUAUUGAAAAUUUCAACUUGAUCUCACCUUCACAACCAUUUGCUUCUGCUCUUCCUUCAAAUACAAACUGCAUACCACAAACACUUAAUCAUAAUAAGACAUUUGUGGGCAUUCUUGACCGUGUACAACUCGCAGGAUGUUCCUGAAUGCCGGUCCACGAUUGGACCUUGUUUGUUAACAGGCGUUCUUUCAAACUAGAAGGCAUUUAUGAGAUAUCACUUGACACUAAUGAAACACUUAUAAAUAACAUAAUCUCCAAAACAGAGUGAUUACUGGGUCGUGAUUCUUGUAAAACUGGACUCCCAGAGUGUGGCAGAGGGCAGACUGUGGAGGUGAAUGGCACCGAACGAACGGUGAGCUCAUGGGCAGCAGGGGGUUGCGUGUUUGUGUGUGAUCCAGCUCCUGUCCACAGCUGUCACACAGGGCCUGACGUGGCUUUACAUUCCUGCUGAGAGCUAUAAGAUCAUUUCAGAUCUCAGUCCUGCAGGUCUGCUAUUAACAGCAGGAUUUUCUCACUGUUAUUUGUGAAAGUUUUUGACUUGAAAAUACUCUGGGUUAACUUCUUUUUAUACUGUAUAUAUAGCCUACAUAUUUUUCCUCAUAAUGGACGAGACCAUCCUAUGGGCGACGGCUGUGGUUGAUAGAAGAGCAGCCCUUGACAAACGGGAGGAGAAGCGUCGAGCUCGGGCGCGAAAGUUGGGGAUUUUGGUUGUAGAUGCAUCUUCUGUGGGGGCAGAACAGGGAAAUGAAUCUGUCAAUCAAUAUGUUGCAAAUAUUCAGGCACAGGAACGAGUGAGGAAGAUCUCCUCUGAUCUGAGGCGUGAGAUCAUUGAUCUGGGGGGUGCAGAGAAUAUUAUUGAGCUGCAUAUGAAGAAUAAGAAAAUCAAGAACAAGGCCGCAGCUUCCAAAGGCCUAAUGGAUGUUCCUGUGGGACUUAUUGAACCAGAGGAGUUUUUAAAAGCAGCAGCUCUGGGAAACAUGGAAGUAGUUGAGAAGUUUCUGGAAGAUGAAGGAGAUCCAAACACCUGUGAUGAGUUCAGAAAAACAGCACUCCAUCGGGCUGCUCUGGAAAAUCAUGCUAAAAUAGUGGAAAAAUUACUGGACAAAGGAGCUGAUAUCAACUUUAAAGACAGGCUGGAUUGCAGGGCUGUACAUUGGGCUUGCAGAGGUGGAAGUCUCUCAGCACUGAAAGUCCUUCAGGACAGGGGAGCUGAUAUCAACGUCAGAGACAAACUGCUUAGCUCACCCUUACAUGUGGCCACACGGACAGGUCACAGCGACGUGGUCCAACAUCUUCUUGCCAAUGGAAUCAAUAUUAAUGCCAAAGAUUGGGAAGGAGACACAGCUCUACAUGAUGCUGUCAGAUUAAAUCGUUAUAAAAUUGUAAAACUCCUCAUUCUGGCAGGAGCCGAUAUGCAGAUCAAGAAUGCUGAGGGCAUUACAGCCACUGAACAGGUGAAGCAAUGGCAGUUUGACACCAAGGAGACACUGGAGAAACUGGAACAGAUGAGGGAGGUUGGUCUGGCCUGACAGACACAUGGAUUCUUUGGCUUCAUUAGAGCCGCUGUGAACAGGUGCACGUCUGAGAACAACCCCACCUCUGCCGGAGUAACUAUUUGCUUUCUGUGUUAAUUAGUGGUGAAAAGUACCUAUCCACACUCAGUAUACUGAAUGAAUGAGGACUUAGAAAAGAGUUGUAUUCAUUUAUAUAAAAAUGAGGCUUAAAUUUUAAUAAUAUGUA